CAUCUACGUCCGUUCACAAUUCAAAGAAUCUUAUGAUCUAUUUUCUUUCUCUUGUGUUUGAAAUUAAAUUAUGAACAGUUCAAAGGGAUUCUUGGAGCUUCUAGGGAUGCGAGAAUUAUUCAACCAUCACUUCAAUUCAACAAACACCAAAGAUGAUGAUCAAGAACAACAACAACCUCCGACCCUAAUUAAUAAUAAUACCGAAUCUUUGCUACAAACAACAUCAACAACACCGUCGCCGGAGAUAUCCAACCAGCAACCGGCAACUUCAAAUUCAUCCUCCAUUUCAUUCUUAUCAACCCAUCAUCAUCAUGAACAAGAUCAUACCCAUGAGCACAACAGUCCUAGGAAACAAUGGAGGAAGUUGAAAGUGAAGAUGAAAAAUGGUAUGAAAAAGGAGAAAGAAGCAAGAAUUGCUUUCAUAACAAAAACCCAAGUCGAUCAUCUAGAAGAUGGUUACAGGUGGAGAAAGUACGGUCAAAAAGCUCUCAAGAACAGCCCUUUCCCAAGGAGUUAUUACCGUUGCUCAAGAGGAGACUGUAACGUAAAAAAGAGAGUGGAAAGAUGUUUAAAUGAUCCAACAAUGGUGAUGACAACUUAUGAAGGGAAACAUAAUCAUCUCAGUCCAUUAAUAAUGGCGCCUGUAGAUUAUAAUGAUCAUGUUCUUGCGGAUUUAUCGCCGCCGGUUAGUCAUUUUCCUUUUACUUCACAAGGUUCCGGAGGACUUCUUCAGGAUAUUGUUGCAUUAUCAAACAGCAACCCUGAUCUGAUCUGAUCAUGAUCUGUUAAUUCUAUUAUAGAUUAUUACCUAGUAUUUUUUGUGUUCUUAGAUGGUUAGAUUUAUAUAUAUGGUUUGUUUGAUUAUGUAUUACAAUGUGACGGUUCGAGUUCGGGGUUGGUGAGUGGUAUUUCUGUUGACCCGAUCUUUUCUAUUAUUUAUAUUUUCGGAAAUUUUAUUUAUAUAUAAUCUCACCCUGAUCGGGAUGGGGAUUCCCCAUGGCGCAACAAAU